UUGGACUGCACAUAGACUUAACUGCAGUGAUUAAUCUUCUCAUCAAACCAUUGGGAUUGCAACAUUGUGAACAGAUCACCAUUUCAACCUCAAGCACCCUUCUUCUUCUUCUUCUUCUUCUUCUUCUUCUUCUUCUUCAGCUGACUUGUCUACUCUGUAGCAAAUGGCCUGCAAUGGAAUGGCCUCUUCCUCCUCCUUUCCUUCAAACUUCAUGGUCCCAAUGCAGAUAAACUGUGGAGAAGAGAACCAACUCGGGAUCCCUGUCGGUCCUCUCCUCCUUGCCAAUCUCCAAGACCUGAGAGGUGUGCCUCCAAUGAUGGGGAAGAUAUCCAGGUCCUUCCCGGGGAUAGAGACCGGCGACGAGAUGACCGCCGAUGAUGACUUGUCGGACGACGGCUUGCCGGCAGGGGAGAAGAAGAAGAGGCUCAACAUAGAGCAGGUGAGGACAUUGGAGAGGAACUUUGAGCUGGGGAACAGACUGGAGCCUGAGAGGAAGAUGCAGCUGGCCAGGGUGCUCGGCCUGCGGCCGAGGCAAGUGGCCAUCUGGUUUCAGAACAGGAGAGCCAGGUGGAAGACCAAGCAAUUGGAGAAGGAGUAUGAUGUGCUCAAGAGGCAGCUUGAGGCCACCAAGACAGAGAAUGAGGCUCUCCAAGUCCAGAACAAGAAGCUCCAAGCUGAGAUCUUGGCACUCAGAGGUGGAGAAGCAUCAGAACUCAUCAAUCUCAACAAAGAAACUGAAGGUUCUUGCAGCAAUAGAAGUGAAAACAGCUCAGACAUCAACUUGGAUAUCUCAAGAACAUCAGUCACUGAAAGCCCCCUCCCUCCGCACCAAACCUUGCCUUACUUCCAGUCAGUCAGACCAGCUGACACAGACCUGCUUCUUCACAGCUCCUGCAAGCCAGAAUUCCAAUGCCCCAAGGUUGAGAAUGAUGAAGGAAGCUUCAUCAACUUGUUAUGCAGCAUGGGGGAUCAACCUGCUUUCUGGCCAUGGCCGGAUCACCACAACUUUCAUUAGUCUUAUCUACUGUAUUAGCACUUCUUGAAUUAUAUUGCAAAUUAAAUUUGGUUUUCAUGUCAUUGGUGUAGGAAGAAAAAUGCCACUUCCAAAUCUGAGUCAGGUGAGGGAAAGAGUCAGCAAUGAAAUAAAACUUUUUGAUGCUUGUACAUCUUUUAAGUUUUGGCACCAGGAUUUUUCGGACA